AUGUAAUGACAAAAAAGGGUGCCUUUCCUUUGUUUUGAAACGACGAGAGAGGGCAGAAUCAAUCAAUCAAUCGAAUCGAGGGUUUCAUUUCUCCUCUUCUUCACAUAUAUCCGCACCUGCAAUUACAUUACAACCGCCAGAAUCACACUUAUGAAUCAAUCAUCUACACCCUGAAAUUCCCAACCAUCGUACUCUGUUUACAGGCUUGGCAGUUGGCAGGAUGGGUUCAAACUCACAGUCUCCGCCUCAUGACAAUUCUGAUACCAAAAAUGCGUUUCGCAAGCCUUCUGGGGAAGCAACUAAUAGGAACUAUCGGCGCCGAUCACCUAUUGAGGGAUCAUCAUCACCUGAUGGUAGUCCUAGGUGUGAGCACAGCUCAAGUCCAUAUCCAUCAAGGGAAGAUUCUGUGAGAGUCCCUCACCAUCACUCAAGGAAAUGUGAUGGCAGGGAACAAGACCGACAAUACGACAGAAAUUACUAUGGGAGAAGCAGUGAUUCUCUUAGACAUUCUGACAGACAGUCAUCCCGGAGCUCUUAUGGUCACUCUAGGCAUGACAAAUACGCAGAUGAAGAUAGAAAACGUGAGAGAUUAUCAUCACGUUCUGGACGUGAGUCAAGGGGUGAUCAUAUGAGAGAAGAGAGUGAUAGCAGGUCAAAAGACUAUGGGCGUAGUUUGGACAAGUAUUCACGUGACAAAUAUGAAAGGUCUGAUUAUAGGAGCAAGGAGAAAGGUAGGGAAACAUAUUUGCAACAUGAGAAAUAUAAAGAUAUGGGUUCUUCAUGUGACAGGUCUGGAUCUGGCAAGAGGUCUGCGCCAUAUGAUGAGGUGGGGAAGGAGAGGUGGAGGGACGGGGAUGGUCUAGAUGAAAGAAAGGAUUCUCAAAGAAGUUCUGGAGAACACAAAAACAAUCGUGCAGUUUCCUAUUCAGAGUCUAGGGGCCAAAAAGACGACAUUGAGAUUAGUAAGAAUAAGGACCGAAACUGUAGAAAGGUAGGGGAGGAGUUUGGGAUUGAAGAUAAAGAAUCUUUUGGAAAGAAACCAAAGCUUUUUGGUGCUGAAAAGGAUGACAAUUCUGGAAAAGAUGCAGAUGAAAAGAAGACUUCAAGUUCAAAGCUUUCUCAUGAGAGCAAGUUAAAUUUAGGGGCUGCCAAGACCAGUGGUUUCGAUAGUGGCAAUGAUUUAGAUGCUGCGAAAGUGGCAGCCAUGAGAGCUGCUGAAUUAGUGAACAAGAACUUAGUAGGGGCUGGUUGCUUGACUAUGGACCAAAAGAAGAAACUGUUGUGGGGCAGCAAAAAGAGUACACCCACCGAAGAGUCUGGCCACCGCUGGGAUAUGGCAAUGUUUGAUCGCGAGCGGCAAGAGAAAUUCAACAAACUCAUGGGUGUGAAAGGAGAAGCCAAAGUGGAGCUGAACUCCGACAAUCAAAAUGACAAUGAUGUACUCCGUGCUGAGAAGCAGAAGGAACUCCAGCUGGAUCUGGAGAAACAGUACACUGCAGGUCUUCGGCGAAGAGAUGGCCGUACAGUUGGAUUAGGUCUUUAAACAUUCGCUGGAGGAUUUUUGCAUCAUCUGACUUUUGCAGUGAUUUACGCUUGGUUAGGAGGAACUUAUCACAUGUUUGUUACAUGUUUUGGAGUUUAUCAUGUGUACGAUCUGAUGCUUAGAGGAACUUAUCACAGUCGUACAAUUUAAAUGGGAUGGUUUGAUGCUAAAAAAUAUAUAAAUGGGGAUGGUAGAGGUAUGAGAAAACAUAGAUAGUGAUAAGCUUUCAUUGACAUAAACUAUUUUAGAAUUUUUGAAGUACUUUGAUGUGAUUCUUGAUAUGUGGAUAAGCGUAGGAUUAAGGACCGCUCGAGAGUGAUUAUGGCAUUAUGAAUA